ACUGGAAGGGUUUGUUCCGUUUAUGGUGCGCUGUAGUCUUGGGCAGGAACGUCCGGUGCCCUGGGCACAACUCCCAAGACCUACUUGGUGGCCCAAGAAACUCCCAUUCCGUAUGCCAACAGCCAAUAAUACCGGUUCCACACUUGGAGCUCUGGUGGGUCUGGUGCAGCGAUGUUAUACGUUCCAUGGGUGUGAAUACCUCUUACAAUUUUGUGCCUCACUGGUCUCUCAGAAGCCUGAAUCUGGUUACCGUUUUAAUGAUAAUCGGGAUGGCACUACUUCCAUGUAUCAUGGAUCGACCGGAAAACUCCUCGUCACCUUUAGAAACGAGAACAGGGAUUAUGACAAGUUCAGCCAAGAUGGACGCAGUAGGGACUCUACCAAGAAACUUCUUUUGUCGACGGCUUCUCACUCUGGUGAACGUAAAGGGUCCAGUGGUACCACUGCAAUGUUCCAGCCCCCAGCCAAUGACAUUUAUCUCUGUGAUAAAUGUGAAAAUGAGUUUUAUAGUCUGCGAGAAGUUCAGGUACAGAACCAAAAAAAGGGGGCCCGUGGAACUUGCCGUCUUCACCCGUUGUCUCGUCCCCAGAACCUGCCCUUGUCAGAGGACAAAACCCAAACCCGCUGGCCCAAGGUACCAUUCCUUGCUUACUUAAGUCUACAGCCAGCCAAACAUACUGGCAUUGAACCAUAUAUGUCUCCCAGAAAGAGAAGUUCAUCCAGUCCUCCCAGAAAAAUCCCUGGGCCAAUGUACCCUCGUUAUGAUUCUAUCGCCAUCAGCUCCCCUCUAGGAAGAUUUUUGUUCUCGCACUCCAAGUUUCGUAACCGAUACCAAGCAUCACAGCACAAUGUGAUGAGAUAUGAACGGCAUCUCCAUGCCACACCCCACACAGACUUCAACUUCAGCAGAGAGAGGUGUAACAGUCGGUGGAUUGUUGUGUGGCGAGACAGGAAGGAGGAGCAGCCUUGGUUUCAUCUUUACUGUUUUACAAGUGGACAGAGGAGAGAGCGGAGAAUAACCAUCAACACAGGCUUGAAUUGGAGAAGCAGACGAUUGCUGAGACUGUGCCGGCCAUUGAAGAUUAAAUUGAAGCGUCUACAGAAAAGGCUGGUGGAUAGAAUUAUGCGAUUGGGAGGACCAACAGCCCCAUGUAUUGAUCUGACUGAAGAGUGUCAAGCAGACAACAAAUGGAUCUACGAUGGAUAUCAGACUUUGCUGCCUAACAGUAAUUUCAUUUCUUCCGGAACAGCAUCCUGGAGUAAUGAAAAUAUACAGUUGGGCACAGGUGAAGACCUGUUCACCCCUGAAGCAUCAUCAUCUGGCAGAGUUGCUGGUACUAUGCAGUGGCUCUGUGGUUUACCACAAAUUACUGAUGAUGUGUGUGCUCCUGGGGGAAGUGGAAUAUUACACUCUGGAGGAAUUCUUCACAAUAGGCUUUCUUCAAAGUAUAAUCCUGAUUUAGACUUAAGUGAACUAAAUGCAAGUGCUGCAAUUCAACAAAGUUCACUAAAAUUUAUUCCGGUAUCUUCUCCAGGAAACCAGCAUUUCACAUCACAGCGUUUGCAAUCUGCUUUUGCCCAGCAGUCUCACUUGAGUCAACUCAGUAAGAAUGAAUUAGGGCAGACAUCAUCAUAUCCUGUUGAUGGAACAGGCUUUCCUUUGAAGCUGAGUUCUUCCUCUUCUGCAGACAUAUCUCUGAUUCCACUAAAUUCCCCUAUUAUGCAUAAUUCAAGCAAUAGUAAAGUAAACAGUGAUAUAUUGAAGCCACUGUCAAGGAAAAAAUAUGGUAUUUGUGAUCCUCAGUCAAAUGUUCAGGGACUGAAAGUUAGUGAAGGAAGUCAUAGUGAUUUGAGAACAGGUGUAAAAAUUCCUAGUGGAGUUAGGUAUGGGUCUUCAGAUUAUCAAGGACAAAAUAGACACCAUACACCCAUCCAAACUGAAAAAAUGCCAAAGGGCAGUCAAAAUAUUUAUUCCCAUUUAGUGCCUCACAUAUCAGAGAGGGAUAGUAGUACAGUGUCACUUGACAAUACCAGCAUUUCUCUCUCUAGUUUAACACACAAUGCUACAAACUCUAUUGAAAUAAUUGAUCUCUCCAGUGAUGAUGACGACAUUCGGGCUCGUGGCCAAAGUGAAGCAGACAAUGCCCCACAGCAGCUGGAUGGCCUUGCCUGUUAUCCCCAUACUGGUGCUAAAGUGCCAGAUUCCUCUGAUUAUUCCUUGUCAAAAAAUGGGAGUAGCCAUUGGUCGUCAAAACAGAAGUCCCACUGUGGAGCCGGACGCGUAGGGGACUUGGCGACCAAUGGCGAGCCGCCGAACGUCCCGCCCAGUAUAGCAAAUUCACCCGUCCCACGUGUUUUGUUCCUACCUAAUGCUACAGUUCCACCACCAGUCACCCAAGGCCCAGAAACAAAGGGCAAUAGCCGUAAGCGAAAAAGUAAAGAACCUCCACGUGUUGGUGGAAAGAUGAUAAUUUUAGAUGUAUCUAAUAAAGGGGUGAAGAUGUCUACAGAGAGGGAAGUUACAGAUACGUCUCCACUCUCAAAAGGCUUUGUGUCUAAUGUUGCAGACAACCAGAUAACUGUAAUCCCUGAAGAGAUUAUUCCUGCCACUCCAGAGGAGUUGAACAGUGCUCACUUAUCACCUUUAACUGAAGCUACUCUUCUCAAGGUAUUGAAUAAGAAUGGUGCCUUUGGAAGCAGAAAAUAUUCCCAUAAGUUAUCUGAGAUGUUUAUAAUAGAUAAAGACAUUAGUUUUAAGUCUCCUUUUAAUGUAGAUGAAGAUAUCUCGUUCAGUAUUCCACCUGCAAAAUGUAGUAACACUGAGUAUAACAACACCACGGAGCCUGUUACUCCAUUAUCAACAACAGAUGCACAAGAUAAACACUGUACCGCAGUGGAAGCUCCAGGUGAUGGAAUUAUUGGUAGUAUUGUGAAUACAUUUAAUAAGGGUGUGGACCUCUUAAAAUCUGUAAUAGGAAUUCAUGGAAGUAGUGAUACAAGGCAUAAGUAUAUGGGCAGUUUGACUCUAAGUGAGAAUGUGUCAUGUAGGUGUCACAGUAGAAUGUCAAGUGUAGGAAAAUCUUUUCAAGAAGAAAAUACUGCGAAACAAAGUGUAGAAGUUUCAUACAGUGAACACUCACGUAAGGAAAAGUGUCUAAGUAUGGAAGUCCUCAAACUUCUUGGGGAUGAGUGCAGGGAACUUAGGUGUAUGGGGUUGGGAGAGCUGAGACACUUAAAUCUGCAGGAUACUAGACUAACUAGAAGAUCGUUAGAAAGAUUUAUUCCUAACAAAGCCCGAAGAAAAAACAGCAUCAGUUUAAAUUACUGCCAAGAUCUAAAUCCUACAAAUAACUGUGAAAAUGUAACUACGUCACGAUUACUUUCCACAGAUAACUGUAACUUUAGAGCUAUUACAGAAUCUAAAAUAAGUGGUACUUCUAAUUCAUAUCACCUGGGUCCUUCAGUGAUACCAAGGGAUUAUAUACCUUGCACAGAUGAAAACGGGAAUUCUUCCUCAUAUUUGACUUUUGAUGAAAAUUCGUAUGAGAAUUCACCAAAGAAUGUUUCUAGACAAGGAAGUUUUGGCUUGUAUUCUGAAAACACUAAAGAGUACAGAGAAACUAUAAUAGACAAUGCACUUCGUGAAAAUGGAUAUUCAGAUAAAAAUAAUCAAAAUCGGCUAGUUAAUACCUCUAAUAAGCUUACAAAAAGCAUAGUACACAGUGAACUGCCUGUCAGAGACCAAGUUGAAACAGGUAACAAAAAUAGUGACACAGCAAGAGGUAUAAAUGAUGUGCCAAGUAUGAAAAGAAGAUUAGGUAAUAAUAUAAGUACCACAGAACUUUUAAACCUAGCUCAUGAUGAAUGGAAGGAGAUGCAGCAUAAAGGAUUUCACCCAGUUAAGAACAUUACUCCUGCUCUGAUGACAAUGGGGCAGUUAAAGGAACAUCGUACAAAACUGCAGAAAUGUAUUAAGAAAUUUAAAAUUAGCCAUGGGAAUUCAAUGUUUGUAAAAGAAUUGCAAUCACUUGCCCGAGAUAGUGAGGAAAUUAGCUGCAUGGGUUUGCAUCACUCAAAAUUUGUUAAUCCAGAGGUAAAGAAAGUAUUAAAAAAUACCCAGUGUGAAACUGUAGAAGGUAAAGUUAGAGAUGGUGUGGAGGUUUCAGUCAUGUCCCAGUCAGAUGUAAGGCCUGAGUUUAUGGGUGAGACUGCAGAGGAGUGUGGUGCUUUACAAGCUCAAAUUCCAGCCCCUGAAGAAUCGCAAAUAGAUAAGUGUUCAGACAAAUAUGACAAUGUGCCAUUAGUUCGGAGCACUGCUGAAAAAAAUUCUGCAGCAAAUAGUUUAUCUAUCAAAACUGGGAAGGUUGAAGUGUCUGAAUCAACUGCUCAACCAAAGGCUCAAAGUACAAAGCCUAGAAGGUUUAAAUCUCUGCAUAGAGAAUUAACCAAUCUAGGAAAAGAUGAGUAUAAAGAGCUUCGUGGAACAGGCUUCCAUCCUUCUGAUUUUGUUGGUUUAGAAGAUGUAAAAUAUCUGAAUACCAGUUCAGAUGAAGAUGAUCCUCCUAUAUACCACUCAAAAACAAAGUCUCCAAAUCGACACAGAAGUGAAAAAGUUCAGAAUUCAGAUACGAGAGGGAGAAAAACAUCAGAAAAAUUAGUGAAAAUGAACCGUGAACUUUCUGGUCUUUUGAGUGAUGAAUGCAAAGAACUCAAAAGAAUUGGAAGAUGUUUAUUGAAAUCUAGUUCACACUUUCGGAGACAUUCACACCUGGGAAGUAUCAAGAGACUUGUUGGAGAGAGAGACUACAGAACCACCCGAAGUACUUUACCAACAGCUUCAGUAAAACCUUCCUUGCCCAUCCUGCUUAAAUCUGGCAUUAGAGGUAGCCCCACAAAAACACGAAUGCGUUGUCAAGCACGAAGUACACGGUCCCAGAGUAACGUUGUCAGUAGUUAUGAAGUGUACACCAUCCGAAAUUCACACAGACAAAUUUUACGCACUGAAACAGCUAUGUGUGUGUUAAAUUACAUUCUGCCAGUUAUACAUUAAAUCCUUUUCUUAUGAAGAUUGUGUUUGUAUCAGCAUUCUUUAAAAAAAAUAAUUUGAUGAAAUCUUUCAUUUAAACUGAAAUGGUGUAACUUGUUAAACUUCUAGGUCUCCCAUAUGAUACUAAGGAAGAAAGCAUGUCAGUGUUCUAAUCAUAUUUAUGGAAACAAAAUUAAUUUUCUUUAUGAAUGUAAAGGUUUGUAUAGAUGCUCAUAAAAAACUUGCCCCUUAUGUCCUAUGUUAUAAUUUUUUGCAGUUGUCAAGCAUGUAUAAUACAGUAAUAUGCAAAGUUAAAUAAUGUACAUUGCUAAAAAAAAAAACUAUUGUAUCUAUAUUAAGAUUUGUUUUUCAGUGUACUUUAUGGUAUAUUUGAGAUCUUCAGUUAUACAAUUUCUCUACAAUUUAGAGGGGAAACUUAAGGUGAUGCAUCAGUUUGUCCUUGACUAUUACCAAGCUGAUGAAUAUGUUGUCUAAAGUUUCUUCUCCAAAAUGUGGGCUAACUGUGACUUGUUCCAGCUCUGUCAUUGUAACUUGUUCUUUCAGUAAGUUUUUUUUCCUUGAGUAGCAACCAAAGACAACUUUCAGAAUAAUAAUGGCAAUCAUCAUGUUUGUUUUACAGUAUUCAUGCAAUUUGUGUGUGGCCAGUUUUUGGAAUUAAAUAUUUAUAUUUAUACAUGUUAAGAUACAUGCUGUAAAGUAAAUGUUAACUGUCCUUUAUACAUUAUUACGAAUACAUAUUAUAUCCCCCCCCCAAUAGUUCUUGAACUCUUCACUUCCCUCAGUUACUGAAGUGUGUAUGCUAACAACUUAUAAUUACUAAUGUGGUUGUGUUGUGUUUUUCAGGCAUAGUUUGCAAUCUUGGCAUGUAAACAUUGAUUGUUUUACCAAACAAGCAGUGUAAAUUCAUUAUUUCUAGUAAUUCCACUAAAAGAUGCAAGAAUUAUUCAACUUUAAUACAUUUCAUUGCUGCUACAAAAUGUUAUUUAAAUGUAAGCUGACCUAAGAUUAGUUAGGUAGAAUUAAAAUAUAUUACAUUAUUUCUGGCCAUUUUUUAAAUUUAGCAAGGUUAGAAUUUGUUAUUUUAAAUUUUAGGUCAAAACCAUUUUUGCAUACCAUGUUAAUUAACAAAAGUAUAUUUUUCAAAAUGCGAAAGUCAAUUUAUAAAGAAAAAUUUAGAGUUUAUUUGACCAAACCUGCCUGAAAAACAUGACAGCUAUCUGGAAAAGCAGCUCACUUAUCCAAGUAAUUUGCAACAAUUCCACAAAAACCACCAAGUUCCUUCAGAUUUAGUUCAUAUUUCAGUAUUGUUGCCAUCCUGAAUGAAGUGAUAGUGAAGAUAUUGACAGUAUUCUUAUCUGGUAUAUUAUAGAACUAAAACUGUAAGCCAUCAGAUGUUUGAAGCUGCUUGUUUGACUGACUGACCACUCUGAUAAGCAUGGUAAAGUGUGUGUUUGCAGAGCAGUUGCCAGAGUCUAGACUUGUUCUGCAAAAACACUGUCAUGCUGUGAAAUGAUUUUCUUCUUUUAAAUGACACAAAGUAUUAGUAUUUUGCUACUGUAUGUACAAAAAUUUUAAAAGAUUAAAGAAAGAGGUGAUUUAUUUUGAAGAGUAUUGCAGUGCAUUAUGCUGUGUGAUAUUACUAUUAUGUAAAUACAGUAGGUACAUAGUUUGUGUUUUACUCAAAUGUCUUACUGUUUGGCUAUUGGAGGAAGCACACAACAUUUUACAGGACUAUUAUUUAGGUUUCUUGAGUAGGUACCUGUCCUUCAUGGGAACAAUAAGCAAAAUUAGUUACGUGAGAUUUAUUGUAGCAAGAUGUUAUAAUUUCUGGGAUUACAUGAUAAUACUUUUUAUUUUACAAUGCUUUUAAAUGGCAAAAACUGCCAUAUUGAUUGCAAAAUUAAAGUAGUAUUUAAGGAUAACGUGGGAUUCAGCAUCUACUUUCUGUAGCUAAAAUAUUUGGUUUCUUGUUGUGACCACCACCACCAUGCUUGUAAGGGUAUCAGUAUCUUCUCUUAGGAUUCACUGCUAUGUAGUGGUCCUUGUUCUUUAAGUAGGCUGUUAAGCCUAGCCCUGGUAGGCCAGCAGAUGCAUAACCACCAAAUGGGUUAUAAUAAGACCUGUGCAAGGAGACAUUGUUUCCUGACAACUACCAUCACCAUUGAUACGAGUGUUUUCCGAGAGAGUGAAAAGCUUAUUAGAUUGAACAUCUUCAUUAGCAGUAAACACUGGUAGAUUUCAUUUUUAUUACUGUAUUAUCAUUAUUCUGAAAAUGUCAACAGUGUUGUUGCUGAAGCACUUCAACUGUCGUAUCCUGUCUUCUGUCCAGUUCAGCAUACAUUUCUUCGGAUGGAUGACAUAUUUGUUUCUCUAUCUCUUGUUAUUUAACACUUCAGAAAAACUCAGAAUUUCCAUCACUCUUCAUUCAAAAUCUCUUUCUCGUAACUGACCCUUAUGGGUUUAGCUCUUUGAUUUAUAAUAAUAAUGUUGAUUUUUCUUGUAACAGUUAUUUUCCACCAAGGCAGGGUGUUCUCUGCCCCUAAACAAAAAAAAUAAUAAAUUUCCCAUUGCUUCCUUCCUAAAUCAUCUUCCUGAAGUACAGGAAUGUCACAAUGAAAUGAUCCCCCAAAUCACAAAAUCCCUACCCAUCAUUCUAAAAUACUCAUCUUUAAAACUCUAGUCCGACUAACUAGUUUUUAAGAACCCUUUCCUAGAUAUUACCAUUCUCAUGCAUCAACAGUAUGCCACAUCCCUAAUAUUGCUUGCCUGGAUCUCAUCUCUUGUGCUGCUGGACAAUCAGGCUCCUACAUCUAGAAACCAUCUUCGUGCUCUCCCUUUAGUCCUUCUUUGUCAGAGUUUUCCUCCACCUCAUAUUUAUACAUUUUAUAUUGAUCUUUCUUGCUCCUCCCAUUCUACAUGACAAAACCAUCUCAACCCUUAUUCAGCUCUUUGAAUUAUGCAAUUUUCAUUUUAACAUUUUGUUCUUUGCAUGGUACUGUAUUCACACCACACACAUUUUCACCAGCCUCUUCCUUGCUGCAUUAUUCAGAUACCAUUCUCCACAUAUAAAAGCUUUUGUGCUAAUAUUUACUGAUAUACUGCAUUUUUUUUUUUCUAUCCAUCCAUUAGCAAACUAUCCACAAAUUACUUAGCACUCUUACUUCCUAUGUCUGUUCAGCUGGUGACACAUCCACACCGAAAUACAGUAUUUAAAUGUUAUAGAUUUAUAUCCUCUAUCUGAGCAUUAAUUUAACAUUAGGUGAGAAUGACAAAUCUCGGAAUAGGCUUUAGAAACCUUAGUAAAGAAUCCUUUCUUUUCAGGACACUGUGAACAAUGUAAUUAAGCCUGUCUUAAAAUUCACAGUACCAUGAUGGAACCCUCAUUUGAUAAAGCAUGUUAAGCAGAGCUGAAGCGAGUGAACAAUAGUAAGUUGUUAAAAAAAAUGAACUGACAACUCUGGACAAGAGGACUAGGGAAGACAUGAUUUUUGAUAUGCAGUUCUUUAGAGGAAUUAAUAAAGCGGAUGUGGACAGACUGUUGGAAAUGUGAGGAAAAGGAGCAAGGGGACUUGGAAGAUAAAAUCACAGGUAACAGGGAUGUUAGGAUAUAGAUGUUCGGUAUCACUAUUGUUGUCCUUGAUGAGUUCCGAGUUUAUCUACUCACGGAGCCUGGCCAUGGGCCGGGCUCGUUUUGUGUUUGCCUGGUCAACCAGGUUGUUGCUGCAGGUGCCCAGCUGCCCCACAUAUCUAUCACAGCCUGGUAGUAGAAAAGGGGAGUGAACUAGAUGUAACAAUGGAGGCAAACUCCAUAUAGAGUUAAGAGUAGAUAUGAUAGGGCUGAAGAGAAUAGAAACCAGCAAUGCUCUUUGACAAAGCGUAGAGUCAUGAGUUAAGACUCAACUCCUAUAAAUACAAAUUGGUGAGUACAAAUACUUGAUUACACAGUUAUCUACAGUAUAAAACUUUUGAGUCAUGAUAUGCUUUCAUAGGUUGUAACAUUACUGUUUCCUUAAACAAGGGAUUGCUUAUAUUUGAUAGUGUAAUAAAUCAUUGCAAGAUUUGACUGCAUAAGUAAUGAUAAUUCCCAUUCAUUAGUGUGUCUGAUGAACCCAUCAAAAAUAUAAGUUGCAGACUUCGUAUUUUACAAAGUUGCACAAGGUCAUACAUACCUUUCAGAAAACCCAGUUGUUUUAAGUUUUAUACAUUACAUUACAUCGUAAAUUUUAUUAGAUAACCCUAGAGCAGAAAUACCUUGAAUUUAGUGGUUAAUUCCUUCCCCAUUUUUAUUGUUCCCCCCUUCCUUGCUGUCACACAGCUUCUAUGUGGUAAUUUGAGUGUGUUGAUUUAAACUACAAUCAUGAGUGUGACGUAAAAAAAGUGGAAAAAAGCAUUGUCCGUUUGCUCAAAUAUUUUUUAUUGGUACGUCAAAUAUAAAGUACAGCAUUUGUAUGCAUGUGUCGGGGUUAAUAAGUUUGCAAAAGUUUUGUUAAGAUUGUAUGUUUAGACAACACACGGUAGAUAAAAAAAAUUAAAGUAUGCUUAAAUUGAAUUAAACAGUUUAUAUUAUAAAUUGUUAAAAUGUUGCAUUACAGUUAAUGUAAUUAAAUGCUAUAUCUUAAGUGUUCAUGCCUAGAAUUGCCACGUAGUUACAUCUGAAGCUGUUGUUGUAAAGGUAAAUUGAUCAUUAUUUGUUGUUCAUAUUACUUUCGAUACUUGAGCAUCACAAAUUAAAUUAUUUAAGAAGUAUGUACGUUCAGGUUAAUCUCAUCAAAAGUUCUCUCUUGUGUUUCUGUAAAAAAAAAAAAAAAUCCUGAUAUGUAAUGUCAUAUAUUUAAAGACGUUAAUAUGUAGAUUAUUUUUGCAUGGUGUUUGCAAUAUGUUGAGAGCACUCUGGAGACUUGACAUAUGCCAUUUUAUUUACAAAAAAAAAAAAAAUAUUUUGUUAGGGGGUGAGACAUUCGAUCUAAAUUAAGAUUUUAAUAAUAGUCUUUUGAGUAAUGCAGUUUACUGAAUUUUGAUACCACAUGAAAUGAGAGAAUAAAAUCUGAAUACUUUAGUUCAUAGUUUUACAUGAAUAGUUUUUGUAGUUUUCCCACUGGGUGUACUCGAUCAGUUCGGUCGUGUGUGCUUUUUAUGAACUUUGAUUAAAAAUAUAUGCUUAUGAACUGAUGAUUAGUGCCAUUGAUAGACAACAUGUAAAUAGAUCUUGACCUGUUUGUAUGGUACCAGAAAAAUCUGCAACAUAAAUUUCUGUAUUUCAUCAUGUGAAAUUAAACACAGCAAAGAAUGGACAUUAUGCAAACUUUGUAUAAAUAAUUUUUUUUAUUUAUAUCACUGGCUUGUCUGAGUACUGGAGUGAGUAUUUUAUUGUUACUCAUGUUUUAUAAUAAAAGCUAAAAUUAAUAA